CUGACCCUGAAAUAAGAAGAGAUAACAGGGAAAAUUAUAUCAACAGGAAGAACAUAAAAUAAGAAUGACCACAUGGGGUCAGCUCAAAGGGCCUUCUAGCCCAAAAUGUAUCUUGGCACUCUUUUUAUUAAUUCAGCUUGUAUAAUCCGCCUUUUGAUGGCGAUUUCAAUGGAGAGGAGAGGUGAUAAGUUUAACAGAAGCUAUAAACAGAAAUCUAGGGGAGAGUAAGAACACAGCGAGCCAAGGUGAUAGCUGACUGCACUCCUAUCCUGCAACUGUUUGCUCCGUAGGAACUCCUGAAAUAAAAUAAAGGGAGAAGGGGUGGGUGAGAGCGGAACCAGACACAGCAGUGUACCCAUCUUUCUUCAGGCAUUCUAGUGUAGUGAUAACAGUAACAGUCAUAAAACAGAGUACCUGUGCCCAUUAUCUCAGGGGUCGGUUUGUAUGCAAUUAUAUUUGGGCGUUGCGAGAUGAUGGCUACUUGGGGGAGCAGAACAGCUGAUACAGAUGUUUUAUUUGCAGCUGUUCUACGCAGAGGUUACUGACACUGGGAGAUGCAGCUAUCCUCCUUCUCUGAAGGACUGCACCCAAUGCUCUUUGGAGCACCUCUGAAAUCAGCUAGCCAGUGAGGUUUUACCAAACAUGCUCUUAGAUCUUUUUUCACAACUAGUUUUCUACAGUUUUUUGUGUGGCUGACUUGCUUUUACUGCCUCUAGUUUGAGAGUCGUAUUCUGCAGCCAUUUGCGCUUGAUGUCAACGGGAAGUCUGUGCUCAGGGGUGCUGGCAGAAGCUGGCUCCAACGUUUCAUAAAACAACAUCUCAGACCUUUCAGCAGCUUGUCAUUUUCCUGGUUUGUUUAAUUCCUGUAACUGUCUUCAUAUGAAACCCUGAAGCUGCAGUGUACAUUUUGGUUUUCUGUUACAAUGCUUAGUUUUGUAGCGGGAAAUGUAAUCCUUCAAAUGCCUGUGUUUAAGAGGAUGCAAAUCGGCUUCCUAGCACAAUGCUUUGGGAACGUUUCUUUCAUGCAAAACCCAGCUAGGUAAAUAAGGAGGGGAGGAGGGAGAGGGAAAAGGGAUUGUUUGCUUCCAUAAACAACAAGAAUUAAUUAUGUUCAGUAAAUGACAGAUGGGUUAAGAUCAAAAUCUUAAUCUUUCUCAAUGUGGGUGAAAUCUACACUUCUAUCUCUGAGUUGCAUCAAAACCCAUUGCACAGCCUGUCCGGUGCCAUGGGGCAAUGACGGGGCAUGAUAACAAGAGCUGUGACUUGUGGCUGUCCCGGCAGAGAGCGCUAGGGCCAGCACGCCUGGAACCACCGCCUGCCACGGCGGGAUGCAAAAUACCUCCGCUAUGAAUCUGAAAUGUCUCUGCACUGUAUCUGCUCUAUCAGGGAAACACCAGCCCACCGCUGAUCCUGUUGCAGGGCACACAAAACGUUAUUACUUCCUGGUGCUCUCACCACCCUGAGCUGCAGUAGGAAGAGGGACUAAGCUGAGCCCUGGUUUAAUGCGACCGACUAUUGAAAAGAGUGAAAUGCAUUUGAAAGCUCACAGGGAGCAGAAAAACUCUGUGAUGUAAAGGCAUUUCUCUGAUGGUGAUGUCCUAGUACUUGGCACUCAGCGGCUGCAUGCACGCUUCUAUACGUCUUAAAUUAUAAACUUCUCGGAAGGCGCCUUUGCUGUCCCGAUUCCAGCCAUGCACAGACCGUGCUGUAAGUGCAGGAGGGGAAGAAUGGAGGGCACGUACAGCUUGUGCCACUGUGCACUUGCAUGGUCAGGAAGAUUGUGAUAAUCAUAGAAUAGAUGAAAUCAAGGAAUUAAUUCCUCUUCCGCCCCAAGCAUUUGGGGAGGUCUGCUCUCCUUGUUUGCCCCCAAAUAAGCAUCGCAACCAAGGAUUCUCAAAAGAAAAUCACUGCUCUCCAGCUCCCGUUCCCACCUCUGCUAGAGAACAUGCAGGUGAUCGGAGAAAGUCACUGUGCCCCUGCUUCACGCUCCGUCCUUCCACCGCGCCGUUACAGGGGCGUUUGGCAGUCAGUUAUUUCACAUUUGCAAACUCAUUUUCAAACCUUUUUUGAAAGCAAGUGAUAGUGGUGCAAAUUCUUAUUAUUGCUUUUGCAGAGCUUUUUGCAAAGAUGCUUGUUAAUGAGCUUGCUUAAUGAGCUUUCUUAAAUCUAUAUUUAUACCCUAUAUACAGCUGUAUAUAGAUAGAGCAAUGCCUAAAAUAUAUACGGAUUGCACACACAUAUGCCUGGGAAAAUGAAGGCUGAUUAACACACAUCUUUUUCAGUUAUUACUGUGCAAGUAUUUGUUCCUUUUUCCUUGGAAAUUGGAGAGAUAAAAGAUCCAUUCUGGAAUAAAAUAAUUUUGUGCAUAUGUGGUAGAUGGUUUUGUUUAUGAGACUGAAGUAUGUGAGUGUGUGUAUCUGAGACAGAUGGUGUGUCUGUUUUUGAAAGAUAUGAUGCGUGGAUGAAUGUGUGUAAAAAUACAGGUUUCUUAGGAGCUAUUCUUUUCCUUUUUUUUUUUUUUUUUAAGAAAAGACAAAAUAACAAAUGCCUGCUUGGUACAUUAUUUUACCGUGUCAUGCUCUUUGUCAAUAUGACAGAGGAGUUUUCCUGCAGAAGGCAAAGCUGCCCCAGAAAGUGAAGGGUGCUGCCCCUAGGGUUUCGAGCUGGGCAUCGUGAAUUCUCUUCAAGUUUUCAAAGUCCUGGAAAGUUUUGAUAAGCAAAUACUUUCUGGGCUCUGCCUCUCUAUUGGCUGUUUCUUCACCGCCAGAUUUUGACACAAAUAAUCUGAUUGAAAAAUCAGGGAGGGGAACAGGGGCAAAAAAACAGAGAGAGAAAAAAGGAGAAGUAUCUAUUUCAGCAGACUGCGACUAAGUGAAAAAGUGGAAGAGGAGUCCAGAGAGAAGACGACGUCUCGCUUGUCUGGGGAGAUUUCAAGGCGAAUCCAGUAAAGCAAAGUCCCCCAAACAGGAAGUGAAUGGAAAAUGCCACGUUCCUUUUUGGUGAAGAGCAAAAAGGUUCAUACCUAUCAUCAACACCGCUUUGUGGAAGAUGACCUGCCUAUACUCACAGGGAAUCCAAUAACCUCUCCCUUCACUGCCAUAGGAGACAAGACACCAGAGGACAUCAAGAAACAGGACCUAGAAUGCGUGGUUCCGAAACAAGAAAAGGACCCAUCUGAACUGAAAGAAGAAAGUGUCCCUGUCCAGUACCUGAGCAGGGUGCUGCCAGGCCCUUCCGCUCAAGAUAUGACCAUCCCAGGUCUACAGAUCAAAGACUGCAUUAACACGAGAAGCACCCCUACCUUCUACAAAACCGGCUUUUCUUGGGAUGCUUUCCAUUUGCCAUACAGCUACCAACAGAUGUCUUCCACCAUGCAGUCAGCCCUCUUGGAGCACCCAGUUAGCCUGUAUGGAAGCCACCUCCUGCCAAGCACCGAGCCUCCUUUGGAUUACAGCAUGCAUUACUCCUCAGACAUGGAGACCUACCAUUGCGUGAAGUGCAACAAGGUAUUCUCCACUCCCCAUGGACUGGAGGUCCAUGUCCGAAGGUCUCAUAGUGGGACCCGUCCCUUUGCUUGUGAAGUAUGUGGCAAAACCUUUGGACACGCUGUAAGCCUGGAGCAGCACACCAGUAUUCACUCCCAGGAAAGAAGUUUUGAGUGCAAGAUGUGUGGGAAGACAUUCAAACGUUCCUCCACCCUCUCCACUCAUCUACUGAUCCAUUCAGACACACGGCCCUAUCCCUGCCAAUACUGUGGCAAGCGCUUCCACCAGAAGUCAGAUAUGAAGAAACACACUUACAUCCACACCGGGGAGAAGCCCCACAAAUGCCAAGUAUGUGGCAAAGCCUUCAGCCAGAGCUCCAACCUCAUCACUCACAGCCGCAAGCACACUGGCUUCAAGCCCUUCAGCUGUGAGCUCUGUGCCAAGGGCUUCCAGCGCAAGGUGGAUCUAAGGAGGCACCGAGAGACCCAACACAGCCUCAAGUGAGGGAUGGCUCCAGGUCUUUGCUGGAGCUCCCACUGCCAGUGCAUGCUCCAGGGAAGAAGACUCUCCCCAGCAUCUCUAUCCAGCAUGAGACUGCCCACCUCAUAAAGCUCAUAGAGCUUCCUAUGAUCCCCCGGGGACAAGCAAAGUCAUGUCAUUGGCUUGGAUGUUCUGGCACCCCAGGGCUUUGUACAUCCCAGUAGAUGACAAAGACACCUGUGGGACCUCUCACUUUCCAAUUACAACAGGUACCAGCCCAGAUCUGACAUCACCUGCUCAAGUGCAAAUCCAAAGGAAUUCCUCCAAGGCCACUAUUACUUGAGAUUUACACCACAUGCAGAAUUCAGUUCACCAGACUGACCAGCAGUGAGGUGGGAGCUCCUGGACCAGUGGCAGCAACAAUCUGUGCCAAGCUAGUGCCGUAAGCAUGUGCUGCUUUGAUGGUUAGGAAGAUAAGACUGGGGCAUGCAAAUAGAUUGCAUUCAGUGAGCUGUGUUCAACCUGGGCAGGGCUUCUGCAGAGACUUGCCCAGGUCAUAAAUUCUGGCAACAGACACCUAAAGUCGUUUUCUUUCAGCAGAGCAUUUAAUGUGAUCAAAUGACAAGUUAACUGCGUUGUAUUUUUAGCUUGGAGUGGGAGGAAAAUACUGAAAAAACAGCUCCUAACCCUAGCUGGUAACAGGGGUCGCUAAAUGCAUUCCUCAUAAGCACCAUUCUGCAAAGAUCCCUGGGUUAGUGGCAGCCAAAUGAGCUCCAGGAAGAGCCAUGCCCCAGCACUAGACAUAAGCUAAUAAGCCCCAUGUCUCAGUACCAUGUGAGAGAGACUGGCUGCUCUUGGAAUCCAGGCUGGUAUGUCCCACAAUAUUUCACUGCGUGCUGGACAUACUGGCUUAGAGCUGUCCUGGGCAAUCCUGUGUCACUGCACGGCCAGGAAUGGCUGCUGGAUAUCAAUGUCAAGGGCCAGAGUUCUGCUUUCCAGCCACUCUCUUAAAGGAGGAAGUGACCAAGCCUGUACACAUUGCCAUAGUAUGUGAGUACCUUACAAAUAUUAUACAAACAGAGCAGUGGUAUUUCCUUCUUCUUCCAGGUCUAGGGAUUGAAGCAAAGCACUGGAACAAGUAAAGAGCCAGUUCUCCUCCAAGCUUUAUGUUCUCACUAUAAAGCCUUUGGCAAGUCACUGCACUGGGCUUUUAUUUCUCCAUCCCUCCUGGUAGUGUGGAGUCAUUCACCCAGGUUUGUGGAGUCCCUUGAGUUCUUAAAGGAAGGACAAAGUAUUCUUAUAGCAUUAAAAAGACAAGUGCUUUCAGUUAAGUGGAGCAUUGUAGCAGAGCACAGCCCACUCCAUAACUACAUCCCUGAACACAUGGCCUUGCACAAUGACACCAGUGAGUGGCAUGGAAAAUGGUCUAUGGCACUAGCCAUUUCACUCCAAAUGCUUAUGAAAGAAGGCUGCUGUUAUGGGCAACGAGGAAACGGUCCAAGUGGAAAAUUCAUUUAUUGUCAGGAGAGAAGAUGUCUGUCCUGCCCUGUUACACUGCUGUAAAUCCAAAGCCAUUCUCCUGACUAAGACCUAAAACGUACUCACCCAUUUUAUGCUAUGCCUAAGCUGUUAGUCAUUAAUAUGCAUUCUGGAAGCUCAAAACAGAGUCUGUACUCCUGGCUUUACCUGUACACUGUAAAUAUAUAUUUAUACUUAUUCUAAUGUAUAUUCUUAUUGCAUUAUACCAGACAGUGACAACA